AUGGCUCUCAGCGGAGAGGAAAAGAGGCGGAGCAAUUGCACAGAUCCACAAGGUCCCUUGUUACAUCCCAAGAUUUUAAUUGUGCCUGGGGGACGGUUCCACUUCUACGAUGCCGUAUUCCGGAUCUCAUCACCACGUUACGUGGCUUUUCUGUUGUUGUUGCGGUUUAUCGGCACUGAUGCGGUCUUCGCAUUCGGGUCCGGUGUAAGCGAGCAUGUCAACAGUACAGGCGUUCAAAUACAUGUACCUUUGUGGCUUAUUGUGUAUGAUCAAAUCUCCUUUAUCCCUAUUCUCCUACGUAUACUCUAUACUAAUUGGCGCAUCUCGAGUAAUGUUUCUGAGCAUGUCGCUAACGGCGGUUACUCACAACAACAGCUCAACUUCAACAUGGCGCAGUCGUAUAAGCGAGCCUACGUCAUUGGCUUGGAGAACAGAGUUUUCGCAUAG